AGUUCACUGAUGGUUGAAAUGCCAAUUGAUUGCAUUUGCUCACAACACUCCUCCCUGCACUAGGUCGUCCCACAGCCCAAAGCAGCCUCGCAACAUGGCGAAAAUGUUCGCAAAAGCGAAGAAGGCCUCAAUGAAGAAGCUCAAGAAGUUUCGCGACCUUGCUCGCAUGGCUGUCAAGCCUGAAAAUCCAGAGGAGAGAAGGAUGAAGCUGAAAAGGCGAACCAUGCUUGUUCUCCUCAACUUGGCUCUUUUAUCGUUCAGCAUUGCUCUGAUUUGUGCCGGGGUUCAAGGCAGGCGUAACCUGAAGAGUGUGCUGGAUCGCAACGAUGUCUCAGGGCAGAGCAACAGUACCGUCGUCACAGAAGCGCAACCUAGCAGUGUUAUUGAUGUGGAUGAGACAAAUGCGACUGGCCGUUUGGAGUCCGCCCGGUCGGAUUUAGGAGCAUGGAUGCUUGGCGAUCCAUUCAUUUCUCUGAUAGUCAUCGGCUCUCUCCUUAUUGCAAUAAGUGUGACUGGCGUUGUCGGAGCUGUCACAACAAAUCCUCAAGUACUAUUCGGGUACUAUGCUCCCUCAUUUGUCAUGGUAGCCAUUCUAAUAUAUCUUGGUUGUUUCUGCUUCAUCUUCGCAGCUGAUGAGAGGACGUAUUCUGAGAUAUUGAGAACAUAUGUCAGCGCAACAGCGGAAUCAGCAGUUGACCAAAUGUUGCUGGCGAAGACACAUCGAGCUCUGAUCGAAGGAGGCGUUCUCUCAGUUUUGUCCGCUGUCUUGCUCGUUCUUGGCCUCUGGAUAUCAUCAACGUUAAUGGGACAUGAAUACGCUGCAAAACAAAUGGCUAUGAGCAUGAAUAUUCUCACCAUGGUAUUUGGAGCAUUUAUUCUGUAUUUAUCCAUUGUUACAUCCCAAGCCCAUGUUGCGGGAACCUAUGCUGCCAUUAUUGUUGCUAUCGUGGGCGCUUUCACUGUUCUACUUUCCGUUGUUGGUUAUUUCGGCUUGGCGAAGAACAGCAGGUUUCUACUUGUCCUACACUCGUUCCUUCUUGCUGUUCUGUGCCUUCUACUUCUGAUUGGAACUAUAUUAUGCUUUGUUCUCCAAUCUCAAGCGGAUGCAUUCGUACAGUCUCACUGGGAUCUGGUCACAACAAAGGUGGCGCACAUUAGCAAGGACGAAGCAUAUGCGAUUGUUGGCAACCAUAUGGUGCUGAUUGGGGUGGCUGCCAUAAUCCUGUCAGUUUGUCUUCUCUACAACCUGUUCGCAUCAAUUUUAACUCUCUACAGCAAUUGGAACAAGUGGAGCAUGAAGGUGAAUUCUUUGGAGGCUGAAGAAUCUGCAUUGCAACGUUUUGUCUACAUGCGCCGCCGUUCAAGUCAAAGCUCUGAUGGAAAGCGGCAUCGUACCAAGCCAAAGAAGCAACAGAAGAAACGCCGGGAGUCUACUGAAGAUGAAGAAUAUGACAGUGACUUAUUUGAAGUCCAUCUUUCGGAAGAUGAAGAUGAGGAAGGCACUAGCAGUGUCGUGGAGUCUUCAAGUGACAGUGAUGCGGAUUUCGAGACUCCAAACAGGAGAAAGGAUUCCAAGCGGAGUCGAAAGCAGCAGAAGCCGUCUGAGAAGAAAAGCUCAAAGCGGACAGGGAAGGACGGCCAAGAUGGAAAGCGGCAGAAAUCACGGCGGGGACAAAGGAAAGAAAAGCAGGCUCCCGAGACCAUCUCUGCAGCAGUAGCUGCAGCCAUGCAGCAGCACGGUGUGGAGAACAGUGCAUCAGAGUUAUCACAGUCUGAUCUUGAAGCAUCCUACAAGCCAAAGCCUGCUGUUUCCAAAUGGGCCGCUGCUGUGAAUCCCGAUGCUGCACCUGCUUCGGAGAAGGUGAUCCCUAAGAGCACCAUCAAGGGCACUACUAAAAGCAACGAUGCAGAUCGGCAUUCAGGUGGCUUAGCCAAGAAGACAGAGAAGGCUUCUGAACCAGAGGAUCCGCCGAGGAGAACCAGUAACUACUUUGAAGAGAGUGAUUAGUUUUGUGUUCCUUGUGAAGUCGGACCUUAGUUUUGUGUUCCUUGUGAAGUCGGGCCUUUAAGGAUACGGAGAGAGCAUGCUGUAGUGAUGUGCAGUGGGCAAGCUUAAUCAUCCUGGAAGUUUGUGUAUGAGAUAAUGAGACCUUUAUAAUAGGUUUGCCAUCUGUUUUCAUGCUUGUUUGAGUUAGUC